GUCGCGCUGCGAAGCUCAUUGUGCGCAGGCGCGCAGUUCUGCCUCCAACAACAAGAAGCAGGAGCCAGGCAACAUGGCCGACCUGGGGAAGAAGUACUGCGUUAACUGCCUCGCAGAUGUUACAAACCUGCGGCUUCGCUGCACUGACUGCCCCGAUAUCGAACUGUGUCCGGAGUGCUUCUCGGCCGGCGCAGAAAUCGGAAAUCACCGGAGAUGGCACGGCUACCAGCAGGUCGACGGCGGCCGGUUCUCCCUCUGGGGUCCCGAGGCAGCGGGAGGAUGGACCAGCAGGGAAGAGCAGUCGCUGCUCGAUGCUAUCGAGCAAUAUGGAUUUGGAAACUGGGAGGACAUGGCCGCUCACGUUGGAGCAUCCCGAACUCCUCAGGAAGUCAUGGAGCACUACGUCACCAUGUACAUCCACGGAAACCUGGGUAAAGCCUGCAUCCCCGACAGCAUUCCCAACCGAGUGACGGACCACACCUGCCCGAGCGGAGGGCCCCUGUCGCCGAGCCUCACCACCCCGCUCCCUCCGCUGGAUAUCAGCCUGGCCGAGCAGCAGCAGCUGGGCUACAUGCCGCUACGUGACGACUAUGAGAUUGAAUAUGACCAGGACGCGGAGAAGCUCAUCAGCGGGCUGUCUGUGAACUACGACGACGAGGAUGUGGAAAUUGAAAUGAAACGUGCCCAUGUGGACAUGUAUGUGCGGAAGCUCAGAGAGCGCCAGCGGCGUAAGAACAUCGCCCGAGACUACAACCUGGUGCCUGUGUUCCUGGGCCGAGACAAGAAGGACAAGGAGAAAGAGAAGCCAGGAGUGCCUGGAGUCAUAGGCACUGCUAGUGGUGUGGGGGGGGCAGGAGCUGCCGGUGGCACAAUUGGAUCAGGUUCCACUACAGCAGCAGGACCAGGUUCUGUUCCCAGUACGCCCAAAAGAAAGAUCACCAAGGAAGAGAAGGAGCAACGGGUCAGACUGCGGGGGCUCUGCCAGUUCAUGGCCCAUCGGGAGUUUGAAGACUUCUUUGAGAACAUCCAUAAAGAGCGCGUACUGAGGGCCAAGGUACGGGAGCUGCAGCGCUUUCGCCGCAACGGCAUCACCCGCCUGGAAGAGUCGGCUGAAUAUGAAUCGGCGCGCCACAAGAGGGAGAAACGCAAGGAGAACAAAAGUGUGGUCGCCUCCAAGCGGGGCAGCGCAGGAGGAGGCGGGCUCGGCUCUGGUAUGGGACUUGGGGGUGGAGCUGGAGGAGGAGGAGGAGGCCUUGCUGGAGGGUUGGGGGUUGGAAGUGGGAUCAAAGAAGAGGGCAAAGAUGGUGAGUUUUCCGCCAUUGAGAAUUUGGCGGGCUUUGAGCUGCUGUCUGACAGGGAGAAGGUGCUGUGCAACUCUCUGAACCUCAGCCCAGCACGAUACCUGACUGUCAAAACCAUCAUCAUCAAAGAUCACCUGCAGAAAAGGCAAGGCAUCCCGGCCAAGAGCCGGCUGCCCAGCUACCUGGACAAGGUCCUCAAGAAGCGCAUUCUCACCUUCCUCACGGAAAGCGGCUGGAUAUCCCGAGACGCCUCCUAGCGACCCGUCUCCGAGCAGGAAGUCAUACGUUGAUCAUUGCUGAUAGCUGAUUUGCUAUAAGCUCCGUGGGCGGGACAAAACUACUGGCUUUUUUCAAAGGUGACCUUGUGAAUAUGUACAUUGCAAAGAAAGAGGAUGAAAAAAGGGUUUAUUUUCAUACCAUGUUUAGGAACAAAAACUAACCUAUAUUUUUACAUUUGGAAAGGGACCGGGUGGCAAAUCAACUCUGUGGGUUCAAAUGACUUUAUGUCCACAAUGUUACUACAUACAUGAGAACUACAAUGCUAACAAGGAAAUGUUGGUGUUAAUGCAACAGGUUCAUUGAUGAUUUUAGAUUUAAACACUGACUGGGCAAAAGCCACUUGCACCUGAAAGGAUCGUAAAUGAGAAUGAAUCAUGACACAUCGUCACCGUUGUGGUUUUAGAUGUUCUUCAGGAUCUCUUCUUCAGGAUCUUCUAAAUGAUCAACUGUGUCAGCUGUUUCAUCAGUUAAAGCUGGACUGCUUGCUUUUCACAUCUUCGAACCUUUUAAACAUUGUUCUCCUCCAUCUUCAGUAAACUCUCAUUUUGUCUAACAUUUUUCCUUCUUACUGCCUACAAGUGAAGGAAAAAGAGCACCAUGGUUCAAUAGUCAUCUAGCACUCUUUGUACUGAGCACUGGCUACUGAAGGCACAUUAUAUCUGGGUCCGACAGAUAAAGGUUGACAGAGUUAGACACUAUAUAUAUAUAUAUAUAUAUAAUCUCAGUAUUGGUACACAUGUGAGCCAAUAAGCAACAAGAACUGUAUGUAAAUAAAUGCCAAAGAAUAUUAAAAGGUUAUUCAGAGACUGUUGUCAUUAAACAAACUGUUCACUGAAGAGCUGACAAGUGUGUUGUUCCACUUUAAAACAACAUCUUUAAAGGGCAGUUCACCACAACAUCUAAAAUCCAUAUUUAAUCCUCUUACCUUUCAUGUUAUUUAUCAAUCUAGUUUUGGUGCAAGUUGCUUAAUGUUGCCGAUAUCUGCUAGAUAGAUAUGUGACUUCUCCAAUUUAACGAGACUAGAUGGAACUCUGCUUAUUGUGCUCAAAGCAACAGCAACAUAAAGUUGAAAAAGUCAACAACGAUGUCUCUUUGCAGAAAUCAUGAGCCGUUUGCAACAAGGUCAACCAAAAUAUGUGUUUUUGAUUUUGGAGGGGUUACUGUGGCUUUUAAUAAUACAAUUAUAAGGAUCCUUAUCA